UGCAAAACGGCCAUUUUCAGAAAAAAAAUUUUAACCUAAAAUAGAAAAUGGUUGUGAGUCAGUUGGGGGUGUUGCUUUGAAAGGAGGACGGCAAUAAUAACGCGUUACUUACUGACGACAGUGGCAGACAGAUUUCACCACUAUGUCUUCAGUAAAUAGUGUCGACUCCCUUGGAACUUUGCAGUGGGACAUGAUCGAAUUAGCUGGGCACCUUAGACAAGAACGUUUAUUCGUCAGUGCGGAGCAACAAACUUUGCAGAACUUGAAUCAGAAAGUCUUAUAUGUUUCCUCAGACUUGGCUCAACAGGCCUGGGUCACUGCUCAACAGAGAGUUAAUUUAAAUCGUUUGAUAGUAUCGAGGCCAAACUGUACACCUGCGUCGUGCUGUCAGCGGGCUAAUACUCUUGAAAACUCACAGUUCGUUGAUGCUUAUAAGCAUUUGCGUCAUCAAGCAUGUUCGGCUUACGGCGAAUUUUUACAGGCCUUAAGAAAAUCUCCAAAACUUUUAGCAUCAUGUCUAGUAGAAGGGGACAGAUUAAUCCAAGAGUCUAUGCAGAGCGUCAUUCAGUCGCUAUCUGCGGGGUUAUUUGGUAGCUGUUUAUUGCCAGAAGACAAAAUACUGGUUCUGCAGUUGCUGAGGCAGUUGAUGUUCCUUCAGAUAAUUCCAUCUGACAAUCCUAGAAGAUUACUCAGACAUGGCACCUGUGCAUUUUCACGAUUCUACUCAGUUUUCCACGAAAGCUUAUUUUCAGCAAAACUAUUCCUCACGGCAGCUUUGCACAGUCCAAUUAUGCAGUUAUUAAUGGAAGAUGAAAUGUUCUUGGACAUUGAUCCAGAAAAAGCCCCAAUCCGAUUUCCACCCGCUGAGCGUCUGAAAAAAUUUGGGAAAGAGGGAACUCUUGAGUAUCAAUCUAAAUUGCAACGCUACAGACUUUGGACAAUCAAUUCUCUCGAACGCAUUACCAACAGAUUUAUAAUAAGCAUUAGAGAAAACAUGCAUUGCUUUCCUACCAGCGUUUGCUGGCUGGUAAGACAAAUGGCAGGGCUUCUAGCUAAAAGUGGAAACGUUGACCCUAAGGAAGUACACGCAAUGUGCACUGACCUUGUAUUCACUUACUUUAUUUGUCCAGCAAUUGUAAAUCCGGAACCAUACGGAAUCACGGAUGCACCAAUAAGUUACGUUGCUCGAUUCAACCUGAUGCAGGUUGGUCAGAUAUUACAAAUGAUGUCCCUCGUCAAAUAUCAAAAUGUCGACAGUAAGGUGAUAGAUUUAUAUCGGAAAUUUGAAAAAGAUUCUGUAUCAUCGUUGCUCGAUGGUAUGCUGGAAGGUGCGACGGAUGAGCUAGAAGAUGAACCAGCCAUGGUUGAUGGCUCGAAACUGCAAGGACUUGCCAGAUCUGCUGCUUUAUUCACAGAAAGUGAACUCAACGCUUUAAUUACAUUCUUACAAACCGUAGCCGGAGACCAUGGGGACAAUGAUGUUAUUCUUGCAAGUAGUAUUGAUAAAAAACAGUUGAACGAAUUAAUAUCGCAGCUACCGUGUGGCGCGCCAAGUGCUCAAAAAAAUGCAAACCAUAUUUCACCUGAAACACCCAGCAAACGGGGCGGACUUCUUGGAAAAGUUGGGAAAGGACGUGCAACGCGUGCAACUACAUCACUAAAUACAACAACAGAUGGCGGUGAAGACGCUAAUAGUGCCUCUGGCACGGAAGAUGAGCUGCUAGACAAGACUCCACAAAAUGUUCUGGUCAUACCUUUUGUCUCGAAUUUAGGAGAAACUGUUGGUUUACUCAGUGAGCAAAAGGUUCUUUGUAUGGAAAUGCAAGAUAACAUUGAAGGUGGGACUGUGAGAUUAAACCUCUCAGGAGAUUUACAGAAUGGACAUAAUCGCAAUGAUAAUGGUAACGUGGAACGGAUUGAAACACAGGAGAAACGAACUAGAUUUUCGAUAUCUCAUGACGAAGUGUUGUUUGAAGGAUCAAUUGGCAAUACAUCUGAUAAUCUGGAAGCGGUAUCUGAGGCUGCCUCUAACCAUAGUGUUGCUUCAUCACUUGAACUGGAAACUGAAGAUCAAAAUGACAACCUUUCUGACAUGGUUUCGGCUAAUGUCUCUGGACGUGGUACACCAAACAUUUCUGGUCGUGAUACACCUUCGUCACAAAUCACAGAAGGUGAUGACGGACGAGCUGUUGGGGAAGUGAGGCAGCUAGAUCUACCUCCUCCAGCUAUACCAACAAAACAGAGCCGUUCAGAAAUUGACGAUAAGUUUUGCAAGUUUGAGAUCAAGAAGCUCAUCGAAGGAUACUUUUUAGGGGAUGAAACUAUCUCUUUGGUGUCCGAUACAUGGUCCACUGAUGUACUCGCAUCUGACAGCGAAACAGUUGAACAAGUUGAACGAUUUCCAUUUCCUCCACCUCCUGAAUCUGUGCAACCCGUUCUACCUGUAGAACCCAGCCAGACUAUGCUUGAUGUCAGUGAAACUGCAUCUGAAGCUUGGAGUACCGAUGUUCUGGCUAGUGACUCAGAAAGAAUGACUGAAGUUGACACAGAUGAUACAGCAAGUGUUGCGAGAUCCGACGACACAGCAAGAUCAGAGAUUGAAGUGGAGAGUCGCGGUGAUGCUGAGAUCGAGGUAGAAACCCCACCACCGUUAAAUCCACACAUUGUAGGUGGUGUUGGUAGUCCAGGUGCUCUGUUUAGACCAAUUCGUGGAGAGCCAAUUGCUCAGCCCAGUCUUCCCGUACCUCCAUCUCCAACCGCUUCUCUUACACCUUCCUUGUGGAAUGUCACUGGACGAGGAGGAGCUAAAUCUGAUUAUCGUCGACGGACGCUAGAGUAUAUAGAUAAUAAUGCAAACAAUAUCAAUGACGGAGAUGACAAGUCAGGUGGAGAUGAUAGACUCGUGCAUUUAAUGGAUAAAUUGCAUAUCGAUAAUGGAAAAACUAAUAGCGAAUGUUCAGCUUCAAGUAGUAAUCACAUAAGUGCAGCUGCCGUAGCACCAGCAUUAUUAUUGGCCAAUCAUAUAUCAGCACCAGCCCUCCCAAAUGAGAAGCUCACAAAUGGAGAUGUCAAAGCUGAAGAAUUAGAUAUCGAAAUGACUACUGGUGGAGACGUUGUAGUCAGACUGAGUACUGCGAGUUUGACGUCAAGCAGCAGUUCUGGUUCUGAGUCAAGAACAAAGAACACUACCGCAACAUCAGAUUCGCCCUUACCGGCGCCAAUGGUUAAUGGUGGGACCGAUACAAUCGACGGUAUCAAUUCAACUACUUCAAAACCUAGCCUAUCUACAGGUGCUAUACCAAAAAGUAUCAGUUUUGACAUGACUGCUGAACGGGGGGACAAAGAAUUACUGGAUGAAGAGCAAAAAAAUAAGAGGGGCUUUUUCGGGAAAUUGAAAUUAUCCCUAAGAAAUCGUAGAGGAAAAUCAUUGAGGGGUGCUGAUGACCUCAGUAGAUGCUAUGAUCGAGAAGCUGCUGGUGAUGGGGUUGACAUCGGUAGAAUCAGAAUACGCAGGAUAAUGUCAGAGGAAACUAAUUCGAGCAGCAGUAUCAACAAUGAUACAUCUGAUGAUAUUUUAGCAAAGUACAGACGAAAACCAAGUGCAACUAGUGAUACAGCAUCUAUAGAGAGUAGUCAUUCAAGAACGAAAGAAGCAGAAGACGAAAGAUUAGCCAUAGAUCUCAACAAUGUAGAAUUAUCUUUUGCAUUUGCGGAUGCUAAACGCAAGUUACGCAUGGUAUUGAGCACAGCAGAUUUGCAACAUAUUCCUUGGAGUACUGCAUCUGCUAGAAAUGCUUGGAUGCAGAAAGAAAAUGAAUUGGUUGCUUUUCUCCAACUACAGCUUGCUGAAGCAAUCAAUUUGCAAGAUAGAGCAUUAAUUGCACAUCUCCAUGAAACUUUGCGCUGUGUUAGGCUUUUUAAUGAUGACGGUUGUAGAAAACUCUUCAAGUCUCUGAGGGACGAUUAUCAAAAACGGUCUCCAUAUAUUGCAUAUUUGAUCAGAUGUCGUCAGGGAUUGUUGUCUACACUGGCCCAUCUGGACAGAUUGGGUGAGCGAGUGAAGUGCGACCGUGAUGCAGUAAGUAGCCAUUUGGUAUCUGUAUGCGUCAGAGUAUUUUUAGAGAAGAGGGAAACAUCUCUAUUACGUUUUUGCGAUGAAUUCAAAAAACUCACUUUGGCUGAUGAGAAACAAGAUAUGGUGGACAAUUUCUUGGGAUCUAUUCAUAUGGAAAUGGACAGAGAUCCUAUCUGGCAAGUUGCUAGUGAAGGUCAACUAGAACUAGCCAGAAUGGUAUUGGAACGAACUGUAAUGGCUCGAGUUUACCAUAAUGCUCUGUAUCCCAAUGGGGAAGGUGAUAUACAUCGAGACCAAUUACUUCAAGAUCACAUAAAAAAAUUAGCCAAAGUUGUAACACCAAAUCACAAAGAUCUACGUAUUCCACGAAUCUAUCAUUACGAAUGUCCAUGGCCAUGGGCACAAGCAGAGUUGGCUGCUAUCUCAGCAUAUAAAACUCCGAGGGAUAAAUUGCAAUGUGUGUUUAGAUGUGCGACAACUAUUAUGAAUUUACUGUCUAUGGCAUCCGAGAGAGGCAUUCCAGCAGCAGAUGAUCUAAUUCCUGUACUUGUAUUCGUCAUCAUCAAGACAAAUCCACCAUCGUUACUGUCAACGAUUCAGUAUGUGGAUAGUUUUUAUGCAAACAGAUUUGAGGGUGAAGAGCAAUAUUGGUGGACCCAGUUCUGUUCUGCGAUUGAAUUUAUCAAGACCAUGGAUUAAUUCGUAAGAUCCCAGGAGUAAUAGUAUUCAGUUUGCCUAAACAGUAAUAGCUGAUAGUGAUACAGGAACACAAUAAUCGAUGUUCGAUGUCCCUAAAAUAAAUAUGUAAAUGGAAUACCAUUCGUUGCACGUUUAUGCACUAUGCAGCUACAAUGAUUGUUGACCACACGUAUACGACUUGUUAUCUUUGUUAAAAAUUUAACAAAACUCAGAUAUUCAAUAAUUCGCUAUGAAAAAAAUUAUAAACGGUUAAGUUGAAAUAUCUUGCGACAGUUCUGUUCGAAACUUCGCAUUGUCUUAAAUAUUUACACUUAGUAUCCAAUUCUCUUUGGGUUAUAAUCCUCCAUUUAAUUCAAUUCAAUCUUACAAUCAGUUUCGAAUUUUCGUAGAAAAAUGAUAAAUGUACGUAGGAAAAGUUAUAUCUAUCGUAUCCCUAAUCAAUCAUCACGAAUAUGUCCUAAUGGUAGUUCUUGGAACAGAGGCUUGUUGAACUUCAACAAUCUUUACAAAAAUUAAACUAGUGCUAAAGUAUGCUUGUUUUUUGGAGUUAUUAUUAUGAUCUGUCUGAACAAAUAAUUGAAAAGUAGAAUUUAAAAUCACUAAAAUUUCCUUCUUAUCUUCAUAAGUCUGUAGUUUCUAUUCUGAUGUGAUAAAAUAACAGAAUUACUGAAUUUUAAGAUAAUUUGGAAGUAAGGUUGGAAAACAAGGUUCGUCGAUACAAAAAUAUAAGAUACAGCAUGGUUUUUGUCUUGAAAUAUAAGUGCGGAAAUACUCUUAGUACGUACGGUGCAUGCAAGAUAACAAGCUCUCAAAAUAUUUUGCAAUAUAUAUUUUUUUAGUAGAGGGAUAAUAUAGUGUUAAUAUAUUCUCUUCAAUAAUUAUAUUGCACAAUAAAAAAGUAAAUAAAUAACAAAAUGUACUGCACCUUAAUUAUUUGCACAAAAUGUCGCCUGACACGAUGGUAUAGAACAGUAUGAGGUAUGAGGAGUAUGAGUUUUAGACGCAUUUCGGCUGUGUUUUCCUGAUUAGAAUUAUGGUAUCUUAUUUUCAGCUAAAAACCUAUUAGUAUUUAUUGCAUAAAAAAAUUGUUGUACAUUUUCUGGCACAGUUCGUAUGAUAGUUGUUCUGGAUUCAAUCAGUAUUUCUCAUAACUUCAAUGUAGUGCCAUUGAUUAGUAUUCCUUGUGGGACUAUUAUUGAAGAUUUUUUGAUAAGUUGAGUCAACACUUGUACUCUGUAUGUAAGUUAUGUAGAAGACUAUUUCAAUAUUGGUCGAUUAAAUAGGAACCAUGUUCAAACCUAUGCCCUAGUUUUGUCAUAAUAGAAUAAAACAUAAUUGUUCGAAUGUAGGUAAAGGUUUACACAGCAACUAAUAUUUUCAAAAUUUUAUUAUAGAUUUAUCAAAGCAACGAAUUGGAGGUAUUUUUUAACGUUGGCAAAAAUUUAGUUGCAAUACAUAUGUGUACAUGCAAAUUCAAUAAUUAACACAGAGAGUAGCUAUAGUCACAACCGGUGAAUCAACUUACAUAUUAUUACAUUCCGUGACAUUAUCAUUGCUGGUCAAAUGAAUUUAUGGAUAUCUGGAAGUAUUCAACACACAAAUUGUUUUUCAUCUCUUCAGUGUUUUUAAUUCUGUGUAGAGUACAUAGUUUAAUCCACUUUUGUCAUUAACCGCGGAGAUCUCCAGCAUAAUUCAUACCAAAUUUGUCAUUCGGUAUAGAGUGUUUGGGCAUAUUUGGCUGGACAUAGUCGUAAAAAUAUACUAAAUAUAACUGAUACUUACACUCCAUACAGUCCCCGUAAAUGAUAUUGCGAGUAUCGCUACUACCAUAUUUCGUGACUCAAAGAUUGGGGAUUGUAGGUAAUAUUGUGAUCUGAUACAUAGUUUCUUUUGAUAGGAUAGAUGAAUGAUAAUUCGAAUACCUCUAAUGACAAGAGAUAGAAUGUAAGGAAUAAAGAUUCCAUUCAUUUCGCUUGUCCAGUAGUAAAAAAUUCUUUUUACCUGACUGGUUAAAAUUCAAUUUCCAGUACUCCAUUCUUAUCUCUGUAGUAUGAUGAAGGACACUUUUAUUUGGAGGAAUGUAAGAAUAUUACCUCUCUAUGUUAUACAUUUUAUAUAACAUAUGUAAUUUAAAUGUACCUUUGACUCGAAUAUCUCUACACAUAAAUAUCAAAUACAAUUUAUAGGCUGCUCUGUAAACUUCGAAUUUAAAGCUGAAGAAUAUUAUAGUUCAAAAUUAAAUUUUUAAGAAAUAUAUUUACUGCGGCAACUAUUUUAAAGGUGUAAUUUUCAUUUGAAGUUAGUAAAUAUCAUCCGUCUCAGUAUCUGAUUGACAUAUAAUUUUAUUAAAAUAUUCGAAAUCGUUUGUGAACUGGUUAAUUUCUGUCGUAGUCAUCAAUAAUUUUUUUAUUGAAAUCAACAUUCUUUCAGAUAAUGUAAUAUUUGACUCAACUCUGUAAUCUUUCCAUCAAGUUCUCUAAUUUAGUGCAUAAGACACGUAUUUCACAAACUUGAAUAUUUGCAACAAGUAUAUGUAGGAAACCGGAACCGAUAUUUGUCACACUAUUAUUCAAAAUUACCUGUCUUUUCACAAUGACUCGAUUUACGUUCUGUGAACAAUUUACUUUUGAGACAAGGGUACACUUAAAGUACGUGCUAUUUCUAAUUAUCUGCAAUCAUCUCAUAGUUUAAUUAUACUCAUUUUUUCAAUUUUUUCUUUAAUAUGUGAAAUUUAAAAAGUCAUCAAUAGAAUCUAAUUAAAACAAAACACUAAGAUAACGUCCCAUUUGCAGAUUUUGCAACAAUUCUGAUGGAUUCAGAUAAACGAAAAAAUUCAUAAUAUGUGUGCCUCUGUGCUUUACAAGUUUUGGUCUGCAUAACGAUAUCUCAUUAUUAAAUUACUUAUUAAAUGUAAUUACAAGCGUAAUUUGUGAAUUGUAUUUCAGUUUUUUCACAAGAAAAUUAUUUGAUAAUGGAAAACUCAUGAUCAUGCAAGAGCCCAGUAGUAAAAUGUGUGUUUUAAUCAACUUUCAAAUUUGUGAUGUUAUACUGAAAAAUUUAUCGAUGAAAACUCAAAUAGUAAUAAAUUGCGAUGUUCAAAGUUAUUAAAAGGUGCAAUGAAAAAUAACCAUAAAACACUACAAUUGGCAAUGUAAAGAUAGGUAUAUAUUUUUGAGUAUGCAUCAUAUUUUUGCUAUAGUACAACUCUUGGCAAAUGUACCAAGUGGAAGGUAUUAGAGUAAGAUUUUUAUUGCUGUGGUGGAAAUCGUAAUCUGCAAUGGUCCAUACAAUUUCACUGACGAUAUGACAAAAUUUUGUGAAUUGGGGCUUUUUAAAGAUGUGAACAAAAAUCAGUGCUUCUCAAAGUGCUGGAAUAAAAUAUCAGCAGAAAAAUGUUAUCUUUAAGGAAUUCAAUAUUCUUUGUGGCAAGCCAGGGAUUGUAAAACAAAGAUAUGGAGUUUCAGCAUUUCAGAGAAACUUAAAAUUCGUCCCAAGAUUUCUCGAGUUGAUUUUGAAUUCAAUUUUCAUAUACAAAUCCUGUAAAUUGGAAUUUUUGAAAGAGAUUUCUUUGAAAUUCUGAAACUCGUCGUUUUUCAGAAAAGGAUGCCUAUCAAAAAUUUUUACCAGGGUAGCUAUAACUCCGUAUUAUAUGAAGGUGUUCCCUGCAGAAGUUAUUGCUACUAGCAUAUAAUUGUUCACUGUAUUUAUUCGAUUUAAGACUUACGUAUAUGGACAUGGACUUAAUGAAAUGAAAUCGACAUCUAAUGAGGUAUAGACACCAAACUGGCCUGCUACGCCUUAUAAUUCAUUUAUUUAAGAAACAAUAAAAUUUUCAACUAAUGUUACAGUCACAGCUAUCGAUAGAGAGAGAGGCACGGUUUUCAUGACAUUACAAAGAUUAACGUGUGUUCAAUAUUUCUCUACACUUUCUGAGAAAAGAAAUUUUCUAUAAAUAUAAGAAAUGGUCGCUUCUUCGGUAACUGCAAAGUGUUACGAAAGAAAUUGUCCAGCCGUAGACAUUAGAGGCAAUUAUUUUACUGACUUAUCGCAAGCUGAAUGAACCAAGUGAGAUUAACCACACAUAAAAUAUUCUAACAUCUAAUUUUUAUCAUAGUGCUGUAGUAAGAUAAUGUGAAAAUGGUGAAAAAUGUAUUUAUUAUUCUUCUGAUCUGAAGUGUACCUACAUAGGUGUAAAAAAUUAUUAUUAUUAUAGAAAAUCUGUAAAGUGUUUGUCAUUUUCAGCAUUUCGAGUUAUUAAAUUAUUCGGUAUUUGUUUUAUGGAAUUAAUAGAUCUUGCACAUUGUUCGAAAAUGGUAAAACUUAUUUGACUGAACCAUUAUUAUAUGUAUAUUUAGAAGUUAUUACUUUAUUUCACACUUGACACAAUGGAAAAUUUUUGUAUACUUCAGAUCAACAAAAUUGUUUUCUCUCACCUUUAUAUGGAAUAUCCAAACCUUUUUUUUCGAUUGGUAAAAUUUUUAAUUUAAUGAAAUAAAAGCACACCAUUGUACUUUAGCUUUUGGUUGGGGUAAUACCAUGUCAUAUUGUCAAGUAUCUUAUGUAUAACUUUGGUGUUGAUAUCUCAGUAUAUGGUAAUUUAUUGAAUUUAAGACGAGUGUUGUAUUGGAUCUUUAAUAAUAGGUAUAGUGAUUUUUCAAGCUAAGUAUAAUACUCUUCUGCUGAUGUUGACUUAUACGUUUUUCGCAACUAUACUAUUCGUUAAUUUUAAAUUUAUGACUUUCGAACUUAUCUACAACUACGUGGCCAUUGCUAUAAACAUUCUAAUUUUUCCUCAAUGGUUAGUAUACUUCUUCACCUUUAAAAUAAGUUUGGCCAGUACACAUUGGCUUCAAGAAUGUGAUGAACUUGAAAUCUUAGUUUGUAACAGAAUAUUGUAUUACUAUAUGAAAUAUUUAUGAAAUCAUAUAAGUUUUCUAAAGUUUUAAAAUCAUUCGCUUGAGCUCAGAAGGAUGGUAUUAGAAAUCCUUAGAAAAUUCAUUUCACACGCAGGGGUUUUGUGAUGUUUUUUCUUCAUUAUUUUAAUCGCGCUUGGCUCGCUUUGUUUCGAAAAUACAUAAUAGGAAGUUUUAUCAUCAAGAACAAAUAAUAACUUUACCGAGCUUCAAAAAUGUAAUAAGAGUAAAUAUUUAAUCCUAUUGAAAGUUUGUGUAAAAAAAUAUUAACGAAAGCAUAAUAAGACCUGUAAUUAUAUAGGAGUUAUAAGAUUACGCAAUAUUCUAUAUAUCUAGACUUCUAGGUAUUUGACGUAGGAAUGUUCCGUAAAGUUUUCGUUCAUACAACGCUACUGUUAUUUAGUAUUUAUUUGUGUCUCUGUACAUAGGCAGUGGAUUGAAAUUCAUCUAUCUGUUACAUUGAGAACUAAUAAUCAUGUAUAAUUUGCGUAUAA